AUGGCAUCCCAAGAGCCCGCAUAUGUCGCAAUUGCCCAGCGCAAGCAAGAUGCGCUAGCUGCUGCUAUUCCUGCUGAAUGGCGCCUGCCAGCGCAUCUCAUUCCCGCGGGGAUGCUCUCACCCGCCGAGUCGAUCACCGAGGGGCCGAAGCAGUACGGUAGAGUCAAUGUCAUGGAGAUCCCACGCACUUGUGGCAUUCUCACUGCCAAGGAACUGGAAAUCACAGAGAAGUAUGAUGUGCGUGGACUUGUGGCUGCUAUGACUGGAGGCAAGUUGAAAGCCGAGGAGGUGAUUCGAGGCUUUUCUAAGAGAGCAGCCAUUGCCCAUCAACUUACCCGCUGUAUCACCGAACCCCUCUUCGAUCGGGCACUACGCCAGGCAAAGGAACUCGAUGCCCACCUCCAGCGAACCGGUCGCCCUGUCGGCCCUCUACAUGGUCUACCCGUCUCAGUGAAAGACACAUUUUGCGUGAAAGGAGUGGAUACGAGCAUUGGACUCGCCGCUUUAGCAUUCAAGCCUGCACGCAAGAACGCUGACCUGGUCGAUCUACUCGAGUCUCUCGGUGCGGUCAUCAUCGCCAAGACAAAUAUCCCACAGACCCUCGGCACGCUGGACAGCUGCAAUCAUCUCUUUGGUCGCACCCUGAACCCCUUGAACCGUCAAUGGACGGCAGGUGGCAGUACUGGUGGCGAGGGUGCACUGCUGGCGAUGAAUGGGUCCAUGAUCGGCUUCGGCACAGACAUUGGCGGCAGCAUCCGGAUUCCAGCGAUGUGCCAGGGUCUCUAUGGAUUCAAGCCGAGUGAUGGGCGUGUUCCAUACGGUGGGCAAGAGGGCGGACAGAUUGAAGGCAAGGGCCGGAUCUCCCUACAGCCCGUAGCUGGCCCCUUGGCACGCUCUGUUGCGGACAUUUCGGCUGUCAUGGCCGAGAUUGUGCCGCGCGCUGAGCUGUUCGGGGAAGAUUGUAUACCAGGAUACUGGCCUCCUCCCUCGGUCCCUGCCUCUCUUGCCCCGCCGCGCAAUUUUACCGUUGGCAUUCUCAAGACAGACGGGCUGGUCACUCCCUUGCCGCCGAUUACCCGCAUCCUUGAAGAAGUGGCCAACCACCUGCGCCGGACACCCGGUGUAGAAGUUGUGGAGAUCCCGCUUCCACCGGUUUUGCCGAAAUGUCAAGCCCUAGCAGGUCGCCUCAUGGGCGUUGACGGUGGCUCUAACAUGCUCGAUUUGAUCGAGAGCAUGGGCGAGCCCCUCACGCCCUGGCUUCAGGGUCGCAUGAAGCGUGGCAAGGCUUUGAAUAUCAACCAGCUGGCGCAGCUGCAGGCCCAACGUGCCCAGGUCGAGAAGGAGAUGAUGAAGAUGUGGACUCUUUCGACAUCCUCCAAGAGUCGCCAGAUUGAUGCUAUCGUCUGCCCGAUCGCGCCCCACCCAGUUCCUCAGAUGGAUCGGUAUAACGCUGUUGGAUACACCUCGACAUUCGUGCUGCUGGAUUACCCUGCUGGUGUUGUUCCUGUGCGACCCUUUGUGGAAUCUGACCUUGAGCUUGGUCGUGCUAUGAGCGACCCUGUGCUGGGAAGCUGGGAUAAGGCUAAUCGUCUGCUAUGGGACGAGAAAACAGUCGAUCGCCGCGUAUACUUAGAUUCCCCACUGAGUGUGCAGGUCGUGACGCCGAAACAGCAUGACUAUGAGCUGUUCCAGGCAAUGGAGAUUAUCGAUCGGGCGGUGCAAGGCCGCGUGGGUUCGACCCCCGCGAAGCUUUAA